AUUUUCGUCCAUUUGCUGACGAGUAUACAAAAAUUUGGCUAGCACAGUUUUUUUAUUUUGUAGCACAGAACAAAAAUUGGCUAGCACAGUUUUUUAUUUUGUAGCACAGAAUAAAAAGUCAACACACAAAAAUAAAAAAGAAAGCAACGAUUAGGCAAAGGAAGAAGCAGCAGAAGAGGAAGAAAAACAGGCAUUCUCGAGUAGUUAAGUAGUUAUUGAAGAGAGAGAAAGAAGAAAAAAACAACACACUGUCUACUCCAAGGAGGAAGGAGAAGAAGCUCCAAAAAUGGAUGUGUCCGGAACAUAUUCGAUCCACUCGAUGUGUCGGAUAUGCUUGAAACACUUGCAGAACGAUGCCGCAUACGAUUUGUAUUUGGUGCCCGGAUUGGCCAAGAAGCUUUGUUUCUGCACCUCCCUGUCCAUCGAACAGAACGACGGCUUCCCCAAGAAUCUUUGCACGAACUGCUACACAAAACUCAACGAUUUGCAUGACUUCCAAAAGUUGUGCGUGGAUUCGGUGCAGAAAUUUCAGGACAUGGUGGCCAGCAAUACGUUCAAUUUCGAUGUACUCGAUCCCAGUAUGGCCGGCGGAGCGGGCGGCGGUGUCGAUGAGGAGGAUCAUGUUAAUUUUGAUCCAUUGAUUAAUCACAAAAUGGAAUUGAUUGAAAACGAGGAGGAUGUCUUCAAAAUGCUCGAAGAUGUCGACAAAGAGGCCGAAGAGGUUGAGAAGGAGGUGGUCAAACUGGAUGAGGAGGAUUUAGCCGAAGAGUUCGGUGGCAGUGGCGGUGGUGGCAUGGGUGAUGAUGAUGCCUAUUCCAUGGAGAGUGGCAAUGAUAACGACAGAGAUUUAGAUUUUGAACCCAAUAGCAGUGAUGACGAUAUGCCGCUGGCCCAGAGAGUACGUGGAGCAGGAGCCGGAGGUCAUGCAGCUACUACCAGUCGUCGCAAGGGACGUUCCAAGCCAGCAUCAGCACCCAAGCAGACCAAGAAAAAGAAAAAGCCAAUUGAAGAAGAGGAAGAGAUGUUGAGCGAUGAUGAUGAAUUUACUACUGAUACGGAUUCAUCCGAUACCGAAGGCGGCACCUCGAAGGGGGGCAAACCCAAACGCAAGCGGAUACCAGCCGAUGAGAGGCAUUUGCAUCGCAUCAUCGAUUGCCACAUUUGCCAUCAAAAGUUUAAAAAAGCCAUUCGCUAUGAGGAGCACAUGAAGUAUCACAAUGACCUUUUGCCCUUCCAGUGCAAGGUGGAGACAUGCAAGAAGGGAUUCACCACGGCAAAUGGUUUGCGCAUUCAUGUGGAUCACGCCCAUACAGAACUAUCGGAGGUGCAUUCCUGCCCAGCCGACGGAUGUGGCAAGACCUUCCCACGUGUUCGUCUCUUGACCUUCCAUAUGAAGAAGGUGCAUAAUAUUUCAAAAGCAGCGGCACCAUUGCGCGAUUUUCCGUGCACCGAAUGCGAUACAGUAUUCCGUUGUCCCACGGCACUCAAGAAGCACAUGUAUAAGCACACCGGCGAGGAGCUACCCUAUCCAUGUAAUAUUUGCGGCAAACGUUUUGUCAUCAAUUCGGCUCUACGUGAUCAUCUAAUGCGUCACGCUGGCAUCAAGAAUCACGUGUGUCCGUACUGUGGGGUUGGUAAGACCACGCGCCAGGAAUGGAAUGCCCACAUCCUGACCCACACCAAGGAGAAGAAAUUCAAAUGCCGCCAAUGCGAUCAUGCCUCGCACAAUAAACAGGCACUCAGCAAUCACGUCAAGGUUGUUCACGAGAAACGCAAGGACUUCGCUUGUCAAUAUUGUGGCAAGACGUUUGGCAAGUCGCAUGCCUGCAAAGUCCAUGAGCGCAGUCAUACGGGUGAGAAGUGCUGCGAAUGUAAGAUAUGUGGCAAAAUCUUCUUAUGCGAUAAGAGUUUGACCAAACAUUUGAAGACCCACGAGAAGAAGGAUCUACCGCCAGUGGCGCCGCCGCCUCCGGCAAAUGUAGCUGCUGCCGUUGCCGCUGCCGCCUCCACAAAUCAAAAUCAAAUGCUUAACAUUCCAGGGCAAGAUCUAAUGUCUUUACAAGAUGAUCCGAAUGCAGUCGGAGGAGGAGUGGGAGGCGCUGUUGCUCCCCCUUUGGCGGCGGUAGUUCAGAAACCGAAAAAUUCAAGACGAGUCCAACGCGUCGAUAUAUCCCAAUUGGCUGGCACAUCAGUGAAUCCUAUACCCUCUGUAUCAGUGCCCUCGUGGUCGCCGCAAGUCAAUUUCACCAAGAAGGAGGGUCAACACAUCUGUCCUGGCUGUGGACGUGGCUUCAAUAAUAUUGGCAACAUGAAACUCCAUUAUAAGAUCAUCCAUGAGAAGGUCAAAGAUUUUGCCUGCCGUUUCUGCCCCAAACGUUUCUCCAAGGCCCAAAUCUUGCGUCAUCACGAAUGGAUUCACACAGGCGAAAAGCCAUUCGAAUGCAAAAUCUGUGGCAAACAUUUCCGUCAAGAGACAGCCCUCAAGAAGCACAUUAAAACGCACGAGAAACCCAAUCGGAGGCAUGUCCCCGAGCGUAGCGCACCGGUGCAGUAUCAUAAGUUGGAACCCCCGCUGGAUGGUUUCAUGGAGCAUCGCAACUAUGAUCAAUUUCAGGAUCCGGCUGCAGAGCGAGCGGCAGCCACGGCCGAACUGUUGGCCCAACAGCUCGAGGAGAACGAAACGAAACGAAAGGCAGAAAUCGAAAGACGUAAAAUUCAAGAGGCUGCCCAGGAGCAGCUGCAGAAGCUGCAAAAGCAACAGGAAAUUGUCAAGGCCACCACCUCAUAUGAUGGCUAUUAUGCCCAGAAGGCCCAAGCCGAGGGCACCAGUAUCGAUGCCCUCAAAAUUGAUCAUGUCUAAAAGGAAAAAAGGACUUUAUGGACAUGUCGCAAUAUUUUAUAAUUAGAUUUAUAUAUCGGCGCAUAUACACCUAUAUAUAUAAUCCCCCAGAAAAAAAAACACAAAAAACAAAA